ACGUUGCUCAUCAGAGACACGUCCUUGGCAAGAGUUGACACCAUUGUCUACUAGACGCGCUGCACUGCCCCCUUCACAUACACAAACAUGCUUCAAUCGAAAAUCAUCACAACUGUCGUUGCGGCCGCUGCCGCUACGCUCUCCCUGGGAGCUUCGCUGGCAAGCGCCGCAAGCUCGGGAAAAGCCCUGACAUACGAGGUCAUCAACGAUGACUCCUUGGCAUCGGCCAUGAUGCUGGGUCUCAUCAACGAGGACUACGUAUUCAUCAUGGACAAGGUCGAGAACAACCGUGCUCGCGUCCCUGGUUACGACAACAAGCCAGUGUGGGGUUCCAUCCUCAGUCUGAGUGAUAACUCUGUCACCGCAAUCGACGUCAACACCAAUCCUUUCUGCGCUUCUGGUUUGAUCCUCGGUAACGGAACAUGGGUCGUGGCUGGAGGCAACCAAGCUAUCUCCUACGGAGGCAUCUCCAUCGGUACCGCAGGGACCGCGGCCGACUACCCGUACCAAGACUACGAUGGUGGUAAGGCUUUGCGUCUCCUGAAUCCUGUAGCAAGUGGGUCCGACGUUUCCUCAAUCCAGUGGCUCGACCAACCCGGCGGCGUGCAGAUGCAGUCUCAACGUUGGUAUCCGGGUGUCGAGUCGCUUCCGGAUGGCUCCAUGGUCCUCAUUGGUGGUGCCAUCAAUGGAGGAUACAUCAACCGCAAUUACCCAAACACCGACCCACAAUACUCCAACGGUGGCUUGACCGGUAGUCUGCAAAACAUCGAUGGUGGUGGAUCGAACCCGACUUUCGAGUUCUACCCAAGCAAGGGCUCUCCUGUCCUCUCAAAGUUCAUGGCCAACACCAGCGGCCUCAACAUGUACGCGCACAUGUACUUGAUGCCCAGUGGUAAGAUCUUUAUGCAAGCCAACUACUCUACCAUUCUGUGGAACUACACCGCAAACACAGAAACCUAUCUUCCGGACAUGCCCGACGAGAUCGUCCGAGUGUACCCAGCUUCCGGAGCCGUUGCCAUGCUCCCCCUGACAUUGGACAACAACUACACUCCAACCAUCCUCUUCUGUGGUGGUCAAUCAGCUCCGGAAAACCAGUGGGGCGACUUCACGGCUCCCUUCUUCAAUCCUCUGACUCGGGCUGCUUCGAGCGCUUGCCACUCCAUCCAGCCUGAGAAUGCCGAUGGAUCGAUCAACACUGCUGCUGACUACGUCUUUGAGGAGAGCCUGCCCACGGGCCGCACGAUGGGUCAGUUCAUUCACCUCCCUACCGGACAGAUGUUGAUCGUCAAUGGUGCUGCCAAUGGUACUGCCGGUUACGGCAACGUCACCACUACGAUGGCCUCGAAUGCUGGCGGAAACUACACCUGGGCGAACGUCUUCUACAACGCUGACGGAACCAAUGUCACCACGGAGAGCAUGACACAAGAGCCUUCCUACACACCAGUCCUCUAUGACCCUGCCAUGCCCGUGGGGUCGCGUCUGACUCAGAGCGGUUUCGGCUCCUCGACUAUUGCUCGACUCUACCACUCGUCUGCUCUGCUUCUGCCCGACGGAUCCGUCUUGAUUGGUGGAUCAAACCCGCACAUGGAUGUCACUCUGAACAUGCCUACGACGCCAAUCAACGGCGUCACUUGUUACAACACGACAUAUGAGCUGGAGAAGUGGUACCCUGACUACUACUUCGAGACCAGGCCGAACGUCUCGGGUCUGCCAGAGUACAUCCUGUACGGCGGCAACACCUGGUCCUUCACCGUCGACUCGAAGAGCAUGGGCAGCAACGCCAACUACAAAGCAAACAACACCAAGGUUAUGGUCAUCCGCCCUGGAUUCUCGACCCACGCCAUGAACAUGGGCCAAAGAUCAAUUCAGCUCGAGCACGCAUUCACGGUGAACGACGAUGGUAGCGCCACUUACACGGUCAUGCCAAUGCCCACGAAUGUCAACCUUUUCGCGCCAGGCCCCGCUCUCCUCUUCAUCACCGUCGACGGUAUCCCAAGCUCCGGAAAGUACAUUCAGAUCGGACAGAAGACUUUCAGUGGCACCGUCCCUUACGAUUAUGCUAGCAACGCCGGGUCGGCCCCCACCCUUCCUAGUUCGGUGACCAACUCGAAGUUCUCGUCUGCUGCUACAAGUAGCAGCUCGGGCAGCUCCUUCGGAACCGGAGCCAUCAUUGGUGUUGCCGUUGGUGCUGCCGUUGUGAUCCUUUUGAUCCUGCUGGGUCUCCUUUGCUGGAGGCGUCAGUCCAAGAAGCGGGCUUCGAAGGGGAUGACAGAGGAGUCAACACUCCUUCGAGUUCCGUCCACGCUUUCGCAGCACCUCUCCGCAGUGGGACACCAAACACCGAUUACGACAGCUAUCGGAUGAAUGAUGUCAGCGGACCAAACACGCCGUUCUACGACCACCCGAGGGACUCGACACGCUCGCCCCUAGCAUUCAGUGCUUCAGCUCAAAGUGGUUGGGGAGAGCACCACAGCGGUGACGCAGGCGACUACUAC